UAAUUAUAUAAUUUUAUGAUUUUGUUUGUUAGACAUGGAGAAAGAGCAGAUAUGGUAGCUAAUCCUUAUGAAAGGAAAAAGGUUUUAUUAAAAUUUGAUCCACCUCUUACUGAAAAAGGAGAAUAUUAAGCCAAAGUUACAGGAUAGAAGUUGAGAUUAUAAAUAGAGGAAUUUGCUAAAUAAAAGUAAAUAAAAAUUGAGGAUUUAAAAAUAGUAAUUAAUAUAUUUUAUUAAUAAUUAGAGUUUUAUGUCAUCUCCUUUUUUGAGAUGUAUUCAAACAGCUGUUAUUAUGAUGAAUGAGUUACCAAAUAAUUCAAAUUUAUUUAUUUAAAAUGAAAUUGGAGAACUUAUGUACACUCAUUCUUUUGAUUAAAAUAUCUUAAUGUAAUUGCAUUUCAACACUUUUUAACAUCCUAUUUUAAAUAAUAAUUAUCUUAAUGGAAUUUAGAUAAAAAAAGAUAAAUUUAUAAAUGCUAAUCUACCUUAACCUAUAUAUCCUGAAGAUCAAGACUAUUGUUAGAAAAGAGUUGGUUUAUUCCUUGAAUAAUUAUUCAUUGAAAUAAAAAAGCAACCAAAUUAACAAAAUACUAUUUUCAUUUGUAUUACUCAUCAGGGAAUAGUUUCAUUGACCUUAAAAAUUUAAAAAGUUAAGAAUCCAUCUUAUGUAGAUUAUUGUGGUCUUUCUUAAUUCUUUUUAGAUUAAAAUGGAGUUAUUUAAAAUGGUAUUAAAGGUUAGUCCAUAUGGUAAUGA